GGUCAUAACAUGAGCAUUAUAACCUUUGCGCGGUGAUAGUAAGGAACGUCAAGAAGGCGAAGAACGUCAAGAAUUGCAAGAAGUUAGUUGAACCGAUACAGUUAUCAGCUGUUCCGGAUUACACUUCAGAGCCUUCAGAGUUUCUGACGACUUGGAGAAUGGGAACUAAGUCGGCCCUUGUGAUAAUAGCAGAAGGAGCGGAAGAAAUGGAAGUUGUAAUCUCUGUUGAUGUUUUGCGCCGAGCUGGGAUCUCUGUUACGGUGGCAGGACUGGCAGGUCCAGACCCUGUGAGGUGCAGUCGCAGUGUCGUAGUGUGCCCUGAUUCCAGCCUGCAGGAUGCUCUGACUAAAGCUCCAUUUGAUGCAAUUGUUCUGCCAGGGGGACUGGGAGGAGCAAGGAACCUAGCUGCGUCAUCUGAGGUUGGUUUGCUUCUGCAGCAACAAGAGAAGGAUGGGCGCUUGGUGGCUGCAAUCUGUGCUGCUCCAACUGCCCUGCAAGCCCACAAUGUUGGUUUCGGCAAGUCCCUGACAUCAUACCCAUCAUUGAAAGAGCAACUGCAGGAGAAAUACGCAUACAAAGAGGACAGUGUGGUAGUAGACGGUAACUUGGUGACGAGCCGGGGCCCAGGCACAGCCUUUGAUUUUGCUCUCGCCAUUGUGGAUACCCUCCUAGGACCUGGCGCUUCUGAUCCUGUUGCUAAAGCAAUGCUUAAAGUCUGAACUGCAACCUGUGAAUUAUUUGCGGUUGAAAUACUCGUACAUUGGUUUAACACAUAGAUAGCUCAGCUCUUGACUGUGGAUGCCUGCCCUAUGAUGAUAGUUUGUGAGCUAUUUUGGAGAACUGUCAAUAAAGUGAGUGCAGAGUAGGUUACAGGAGUCUGUUAUCACACACUGAUUCACCACCAUCUUUAAUGCAACUUAAAAAUGUUCACAAUCUCUCUUUAAUUCAAAAUUACAUUAAAAUCAGAUCAAUUGCUGCAUGUCUCAGCCUGACUUUGCCAUCCUCAGGCAACUGUUCACUUUUUGAAACUGUCACACUGCACUGGAUCUUAAUUCCAUGCUGUUGCAUUAUCAUUGUUCACACUAAAACACGUUUGUUUGAGAACGAAACUCCCUCUGUUCUGUGUUAUUUUCCUUUUGCAGCCUCCAUGUAUGUGCACCCUUCAUAUGUAUGUAGUUGACUGUAUGUUUGUGUUACAUUAAGUUACAGAAAGAAAUGCGUUGUAUUUCCAUUUCAGAGAGUGUGUACAAGGUGUGGCAAUAAAGAAACCGGAUUCAUGCUCUAA